AUGAUACUGAGGACAGAAUUGCUCAUAUUUUCUCAUUUUCUCGCCUCCCAGGCAUGGGCAGCACAAACAAGAGCCUCUGAGUCUUCGCGACCCAGAGGCGUCGGUCCUGAAUUUGCGAAAUUCUACAAGAGUUCGCCGUCAAAUACGUUCACAUGUAUAUCCAACCCCUCGAUAUCCAUCCCCUUCUCCCGCGUCAACGACGACUUCUGCGACUGCCCCGACGGCUCAGAUGAACCAGGCACCUCUGCCUGCUCCUAUCUCUCACCUUUAUCACCCCCACAAUACCACCCCGGGCCAGACACACCUGCUAGCGUAUCGAUAAACAGUACGCUUGCCCUGCCGGGGUUCUACUGCAAAAACAAAGGCCAUCUCCCCGCAUAUCUGAGGUUUGAGAGUGUCAACGAUGGCAAGUGCGACUAUGACGUGUGUUGUGACGGGUCAGAUGAGUGGGCACAUGUCGGGGGUAUCAAGUGCGAAGAUCGAUGCCAACAGAUCGGUAAAGAGUACAGGAAAACGGAAGAGACGCGCCAAAAGAGUCUCCGGGCGGCGUUGAAGAGGAAAUCCCAGCUUGCAGCAGAAGCAGACCAGCUACGGAAGGAAGUCGAGAUAAAGAUUCGGGAUGCAGAAAUUAAACUCAAGGGGUUUCAGAUCAACGUCAAGGAGGCGGAGGACAGUCUAAAAGAUGUGGAGAGAAAGGAGAAAUUAAAAGUCAUAAGGGGAGCGGCUGGCGGGAAAGGCGCCGGCAAACUUGGUGUCCUUGUCGGACUGGCCAAAUCUCGAGUCGAUGAAUUGAGGGCCCACUUGGAAAAGACCAGAGCCCAAAGAGACAGCAUGGUCGCCCGGAUCACGGAGUUGGAGGGCAUUCUGGCCUCGCUCAAGGAUGAACAUAACCCGAACUUCAACGACGACGGUGUGAAACGCGCCGUUCGCGGGUGGGAAGACUACGCCGCGAGGGACACGGACGACACCUGGACCGAAGCCGAAGACCGUGACCUGGCUGCCGUUCUCGCGGAAGACAGUGAGACGAGCGGGAUCAACUGGGCCGAAUUUGAGCAUGACCCCUCCGCAGAGUCUGAGGCCGAAUCGGACGUGGCGGCACUCUAUAAAUUCAGCGCCUACUUGCCGCCAUCGCUCCGCCUGUGGCUCGAUGAGACCCUGUCUUCGUUCCGCAAGAUAUUGGUCGAGAACGGAAUAUUGGCUGAUACGUCUGCCGAUGCCUCUGCCACUGCCCAAGAGUCCAAAGCCGUGCAGGACGCGAAAAGGACUCUGUCCGACGCAGAGCGGGACGUGCGCAAUGCAGAGAACGACAUUAGCCGGUUCCAAGAGGAUCUCGAGAGAGACUAUGGUCCUGAAGGGGGCAUUUUCCGUGCGUUGAAGGAUACGUGCAUUUCCAAGGACAGCGGCGAGUAUGAAUACGAACUGUGCUUCAUGGGCUCGACGAAGCAAAAGCCCAAGAAAGGAGGGGCGCACACGGGGAUGGGCAAUUUCGUCGGCUUUGACGUGGAACAUGUCGAUGAGCCCCCAACCACUGACGGCCGGGGACUCGGUACAGGCGACAGGGUCGUCAUGAAGUACGAGAACGGGCAGCAUUGCUGGAACGGACCGCAUCGGAGUACUCGGGUCAUUCUUGCCUGUGCUGAAAAGGAGGAGAUCUGGAAGGUCAGCGAGAGUGAAAAGUGCGUCUACCGGAUGGAGGUUGGCACGGCGGCGGUGUGCGAGUCGCCUUUGAAGAAAAACGCGGGCGUCGACGAGACCAGGAAAGAUGAGUUGUAA